UUUUCUGCACAGUGCGGCGACUAGGCCUCGUCUGCCGCAAUAGGAAUACGACGUUCCGUGAUCGCUCUCGCGUGCGCUUGUGUGACCACGUUUUGCGGUCGGUGCCGGUUUUUUUUCUUUCUGUGACUCUCCCGUUGUGUGACUACCUUUCCCACUGUCUCUACCCGCCGGUCAUCGUGUUCGCUCGUGGUUCUUCGUUUGUUCCCGACGCACGAGAGUGUUAGUCGGACACGCUGGGACUUACACUGUGCGAUUGUAAUCGGCGAGCGGUUUUUUGCGCGAUUUCUCGGUUCAGUUGUGGUGUGGUGGUGGAGACAAGUUUUCCUGUGGGUGUAGAUCUGCGGAUUGGUGUAGUCAGCUGCAUAAAUUGGGGAUCUUCCAGCACGGAAAUACUUCGGGCUCGUCUUACUCAUCAGAUGCUGGUACAUCUAUUCGCAGCCAUGCAGUGCUUGAGGGCGGCCCGUUGGAGCUUGGUGGCGCUGCUUCUGGCGGUGGCCGCGCAGAGUGCGCACGCGACGCCAGUGGCUGCGCGAGAUCUGGCGGUGGCCGAGCAAGCCGCUCCCGUGCCACUCGAGGCCGUGGAGGUGAUCCUGGAGCCGGAGGUGUUCGGCGCCGAGCUGCCCGCGGGCGGCGAGCGCGACAAGCGCGCUUUAGAGGCCGUGCUGGUGAAGCACCUGGGCGUCAAGAACUACGUCCUGGGCCUGCUCUUCGGGAACACCGCUAUGCGCACGCAGCGCUUCGUGGAGGCCCUGAAGCCCGUGCUCAGCAACAAGCUGGGCGUCACCACCCGCGGACGCUCCAUCCGUGAUUCCGUCGACAACAACUUCGUCAGGCGGAGAUAGUGGCAGCCGCCGACAGCGCCUCGUGGCCGAGCUCGAAUCGUGAAGGCUAGAGAACAGGAGAUCAAACUUGGAUGACAAUCUUUGGGAAAACUUAGGGUGAAAGUGUCGGGGAUUGGGAACAAGUACUCAUAAAAUUGCGUCGAUGUAGGUAGGACCAUGUUACUUUGAGCCAAACUGUCGAAGUCUAAGGGUCAAAACGCUGAUCCCAAGAAACAGCGUUCACAACGGCUUCCUCUUGCGCUGACCUUGCUCGACUCGGGAAAAUUGAAUGAAAGUUCAAAUAUUUGGGGGUAUUUAUUCCAUUGAUCCACCUCCCCACCCCAAGUUACUUUAUGAUGGUAAGUAAUGUGAAGGAUGUUCAUUGAAGUAUUGAUCUCGUCUGCCCCGACGGCGCCAAAUGGACUGGUUCAAUCCAUUUUCCGAGACCUUUCUCAGGGCUGAAAUGGGACAUCACUACGUUUAUAAAAACAUCGGAUGUAGGCCAUAGAUAUAAUCACAAUUACUGAAGGGAAGUCUGCUAGUUAGCUAAAUAUGAUAGUACAUAAGGUCUACCUCAAUGAAAUACGUGCCUUAAAAUAUCAAUAUCAUUUCAUUGUUUUAAUGUAGCUGUGUAAACUUUCGAUACUUAAAGCAAUGUAGAAAAUGUGUAAAUAAUUAUUUAAAACUGAAUGUUCCAUUCAUGAUGUGCGAAAAAACGAUUGCGCCGUUUACAACAGAGAUCCCAUUUACAACCAUCACUAUACCAUCGACCACCACUUUACUACCAUCGAUAAACUCCAUUGGUCUGGCGUUUAACCUGUUCUCUAGACUUCAUGACUUGAAUACUCGAAUAAUCGUCCAUUGUGAACAUAAUUUAUUAUCAUUUUGUAGGUUACAUCUUCUCAGUCAGAAGAAUGAGGGAUGCGUCAGUCAAAUACAUGCUCAAUACUCUUCGAUUAAUAAUAGUAAAUUAUGUUUUUUUAAGAAUCAUUAUGGUUUUAGCCUAUUCUAUUUGUUUUGUACUUACGAUUUUGCACUGCGGCUCAUUCCUUGUGAAAUAAAUUUCCAAAUCCUUUCCCUUGUUGAGCCACUGUUUAAAACUAUUAUUCAUUUCAGGAAAAAUAAAAUGUUGUAAACUUCACGCUUGUGAAAUCAGCGGUAAGUUGUUCAUACAUUGUGAGUAAUAACGGGAAUGUAUCUAUGGAAAAUCAAUGUGCUAAGAUUUAAUGAGAAAAAAGAGAGGUAUG